GUAGCGGUAGCCUAGGGUCUAGGCACAGUGUAAACUUCAAAAGCUCUCAACUUGUGAACGUUGCUGUGAUCAUAGAUCUAUGCUCUGAUGCAGAACUGUUACGGAGCUAAAAAAAACCUGAGGAACGUAAUACUUUGGCUUAGCUUAAUAUGAGUACUAACUCGCUGUCAGCAAAAGAAAGUCGCCAUUUGUGUAUUUCUGGUUUGCCGAAAGUAGAUGAAGGAGAGUUAUUGAGACUUUUUUCAGAAUUUGGUGAAGUUGAGAGCAUUAAGCUAUUGUCACAAAAUGAUCCAAACGGAGGUCUUUCUGCAUGUAUUGAUUUUUAUAAAGAUGAUGAUGCAGUUGCUGCUUUUAAAGCUGACAUCAAAAUUAAGGGUUCUGAAGUGAAGAAGUCAUUUUGUGAUCAAUCAAGCAAAUGUAAAGAACACCCACAUUUCACUACAGCUUCAGGUGAUGAGGAGCACAGGAGUACAACUAGUUCUACUAGUAGUAGUAGUAGCACGUCCAGUGAUGCGAGAAGCUCAAGUGUAAGUAGUACUACUGACUCUGAAGGUGAAACUGAGGUUGUGAAGCAGAAACAAAGUCCAGAAAAUGAAAGCCUUAUACUUAAGUUUAUGAAUCUGUCUCAUCAUAGGUCAGAGUCAUCAGUUCAUGAAGCACUUUAUCAAAAGUGUUGUAGUUAUUCUUCUAAGCCUAAAGUUAAGCUUUAUGGUGAGGAUGAACAACGCUAUGCUCUUGUCAAAUUUCAAAGUUUACGUGAAAGAGAUAAUGCUCUAAACAGUUUGCAUGGAAUUUCUAUUUUUGGUGUUAAAUUAAAAGUGACAAUCUUUUACAAUGCAGAUUUUCCUAGUGGAGGUCGUGAGCUAAAUUUACAUGUAUCAGCCCCUUCACAUGAAGAUCAAUACUCUUCCAGUUUAACCCCCCUUGGGUUUAGUCAUGGCAAUCCUUUUAUUUCUCCUGGUAAUGAGUUUGAUCCGAGUGCUACAAGAUCCUUGUUCGUUGGUAACAUUCAUAAGAAUGUCAGUAUAUAUGAUCUUAGAGAUGUAUUUCAGAGAUAUGGACAUAUUUUGGAUGUAGAGAUAAAGAAGAUGAGUGGAAAUGCUACCUAUGGAUUUGUACUUUUUUUUAAUCUUCUUAGUGCUAUUAACGCUAAGAAAGCAAUGGAUGGUGCACAACUGGGACGAAACAGAAUUAGGGUUGGAUUUGGUAAAGGUACUCCAAGUAAGGUUUUAUGGAUUGAUGGAAUUGAUGCUUCUCUUAAUGAGACGCAAGUAAAGUCACACUUUUCUAAGUAUGGAACUGUUGUGCGUAUUGGCAUUGAUCGAUCGACUUAUACUGCAAUGGUUCAGUUUGAUAAAGUUGAUGAAGCAAAGGAUGCAUUGAGCAGUGUGAAAGGAAGUUUUAUUUGCAACACACAUUCAAAGAUUAUGGCUGAUUUCGCUAACAGAGAUGCUAAAGCAGCAUUUUUUACGCACCUUGAAAGCAUGGAUGGACAAUCACAAUCGUUUUAUUCCAGGCCUCCUCCAACAACUGCAAAAUCAUUAAUGAGACAUCGACCUUUUGCUGUAUUGCCAGGGCUACCUCGUCCUCCACUUGACUAUUACAGUUAUCAGUACGUUGAGCCUGAUUAUUAUGGUUACAGAUCAUAUGAUGUUCGUGCUGCCGAAGUUGCACCUAGACACUAUUCUCAAUAUGGAGUAGGAAGUGGAGACUAUGAAGAUGAUUUGAGAGAAUUUUCUAAGAAAAGAGAAAGGGAAAGGGAAAGGCGCAUUGACAAAGAAGAAAGGAAGAGAUCACAGUUUUCUUCAAGAGAGUAUAGUUCCAGUGAUACAGAAAAUCCUCGGCAUAAGAAGCAGCCUGAAGAAAAGCAGAAAAGGAAAACCAAAAAAAUUAGAAAGUGUUCAACCAGUAGUAAAAGUGAUGAUGACUGCUCCACUUGUGUUAGAACUAAGAGUGAUAGCAAUACGCUGAAAGACAAGAGCUGUGGUGGUGCCCCAUUAUCGGUGAGUACCGAAAAGAUUAAAUUAGCUAAAAAGCUUGAUGAUGAAAGUAUGAGUAAGGAAGAUGAAAGUGACUUUGAAUCUGCCGUUACAAUCAAUAAAAGUGUUCAUAAAUCAAAAUUGGAGGGGACUUCCAAGAUUGAUAGUGAUAGUGUUUAUUUAAGUAAUAAGAACGUUAGAAAAGAACCCAAAGUAAUUAUUACAUACGAUGAGGAUGAGAAUGAUGAAGUAGCCAACUUUUCAAUGCAACCGUCUCCACCUGCAUGUAUUGCAUCGCAAUUAGCAGCAUCAGAUUUUCAGGAGCAAAUGGAAGCAUUACCUACUUGUAUAGCUGAAACACUUAUUGAACAAUCUGAUGUACAGACACCUACCGGUACUAGUGAUACAAGUGAGAGGGAUGAGAAACAAUUGGAAGACAAUGAGCCUGAGGCACUUCUUCAUUCUACUGAUGGUCGUCCAAAAAUAUCUAUAGCUUGGAAAGGAAAACCACUGAAAUUAGAUAGGUUGUCUUUUCUCCAACCUCCAGUUAGUUCUGUGUCCACCGACGUAUCUAUGAAAGAAGAGAAGUUAGAAAGUGACGUUAGCAGUAAUGAGGAUUGUGAUUAUGUUAAGCCCAAUUCACAUACUUGUAAAUAUUCAGAUCUGAGCAAUAGGAUGCAAGAUGAAAAUGCACCAGAAUAUAAACUCUUUUUAAAUGAUAAAUCCACUAACGUGACCCAUUCAAGGUCAUUAAUUAAAGAUUCCAUGAGAAGUACACAGCACAGUAAAAGUACUAGACAUGAUUUGGCCAGCAAAAUUAAGAAGAAAGAAAGAACUUCUACAUCCAUCAAUAAAGAGCAUAAAGAUGUAUCUUCGGCUUCUUCCCGUGCAUCAGACUCUCAUGACCAUCGCAUGUCUCAUUUUUCUCAAUGUAUUAGUAAGAAUGGCUCUUCACAUUCAUCUGGUAGUCCUGCUUUGUACAGACAAAAAAGUCCUUUGCCACGUCAACCUCACAGUCCCAUGUCUCGUCCACAUAGUCCUAAUCAUCAACGGUCACGUAGUCCAGUAUUCCGACGCCAAAGAAGUCCUACUAUGCAUUCGUCACAUAGCAGCCCUCGUCAUCCACAUAGCCCUACUUCACGCAGUUCACGUAGUCCUACCACUCACCAUAGUCCUAGUUCAUAUCGUUCACGUAGUCCAUUGUCUCAUCGUCCUCGUAGUCCAGUGUCUCACCGCUUUAGGAGUCCUAUUUCAGGUCGAUCUCAAAGGAGUCCUGUUUCAAGCCGAUCUCGUAGAAGUCCAGUUUUAGGCCGAUCUCAUAGGAGUCCUGUUUCAGGCCGAUCUCAAAGGAGUCCUGUUUCUGCCCGGUCUCAAAGGAGUCCUGUUUCUGCCCGGUCUCAAAGGAGUCCUGUUUCAGGCCGGUCUCAAAGGAGUCCUUUUUCCGGCAGAUCUCAAAGGAGUCCUGUUUCUGUCAGAUCUCAUAGGAGUCCUGUUUCUGUCCGAUCUCAGAAGAGUCUAACUUCUGGCCGAUCUCAAAAGAGUCCUGUUUCCGGCCGGUCACAAAGGAGUCCUGUUUCAGGCCGAUCUCAAAGGAGUCCUGUUUCAGGCCGAUCUCAGAGGAAUCUUGUUUCUGGCCGAUCUCGUAGGAGUCCUGUUUCUGGUCGAUCUCAAAGCAGUGGACGAUCUCGUAGGAGUCCUGUUUCUGAUCAGUCACAAAGGAGUCCUUUUUCUGGCCGGCCUCAUAGCCCUAGGUCUUGGCAUUUGCAAAGUCAUGCCUCUCAAGAUCCUGUUUCUCGCUAUUCACGUAGUCCUUCUCCAUGUCUGCACAAAAGACGGUCACAGACACCAAUAUUGAAAACAGAGAACUUGAUUUCUCAUGAGACAAGAAAGUCACGGCAUAUCAGAAGUGGUCAAAACAAUAAACAGAACACAAGCUCAGAGCUACCAAAUACUUCCAUGUGUAAGUAUUCUCCUCCUCAUCAUGCUCGUCACUCAAGGAGUCCACAUAGAGUUGAGCAAUUACAUGACUAUAGCCCUCGACGAAGUUCACGUUUUAGGGCCUCACCCCCUGUUUCAAGCAGCAGCAGAUCACCGACAUCAUAUCACAGGAAAGUGAGUAAUGAUCAAACAAAAAGUAAAGGGCAUUAUAGUAAAAGUGCUUCCCCUGUGAAUCAACAUACUCCACCUUCCUCACCAAUUCCAUCAUCUAAAACGAGCGAAGUCAAUUCUUCUUUAUGCCCACCUGAUCUUCCUUGCCCUUCUGCUUCCCAAAAUACUACUUUUUACCCUGAUGAUGAUGUUUCUGAAGUUAAUAUAAUUACUGAUGAUGUACAUAUUGAAGUGGAUGAGGAUUUGUCACAAUCUGUUUUUUUAGAACAGUUGUUGAAUAAGUAUCCUGUAGUUUGGCAAGGUAGCCUAUCUCUAAAGAAUGAUGCUGCCUUACUUCAAUUCCACUUUUUAUCUGGCAAUGAUAAUUUACCGAGUAUGGGCCUUCUGCAUGAUAUGGACUGCAAGAUCAUAGGGACAAUACCUACUCUUCACAUAUCUCAAAGGAUGAAGCUUGAGCCAUUGCAUUUAAAAGGAAUUGAAAAAUGCAUGGAAAAGCAAACUGAUUAUUGCCUGUUACUUGGACUUCCUUGUGGACUUGAUUCAUAUGAUAUUGCUAAGCAAACCUCGUCAUUACAGAAAAGCAUCAUUUCUUAUUUAUGGUUAAAACAAGCAGCUGGCAUCAUUAAUUUGUCUACCGAAGAGGAUUCAAAAAUAGCUCUUCACAUUUUUCCUCCAUGUCAAUUUUCUCGAUCUCACCUUUCUAAAGUUGCACCUGAUAUGCUUGCAGUGGCAUUAGACGAUGCUCAUCUAUUUAUUGUCCUUGCUGUAGCGGUCAAUGAUAAUUCAUGAAUAUUUGUGCUUCUGUAUUUUUAACUUACGUGUACUUGUCAAUACAUUGUAUGAUUAUGUGUAAAUUAUUUGUCUUGGCUCUUAAUUUUUUUAAAAUAAUAAUUAAAAUUGUAA